AUGCCUACCACAUCUAGAUAUUUAAACAGUCGAACAAGAGCAAUAAGCAUCAUGGAAGUCGAAGAUAAAAUAUCAAGUACAAAGAUGAACAACGUAAAAGUGAAAGACUUGAACGAUUUUUUCAUAGAUAUGUUUAUGUUAAAAGAUAUCUGUGAUGACUUCGUCGAGUUAUUCAGAAAGGAAGAAAGGUACUUCUCGAAUGAAGAGAAGUACAAUGAAUUAUUAGAAGAAGAGGCCAUAAUGGUUGACAAUAUACACAACCUGACCACGGAAAUAAAAGAGAAUUACGAAGAAGUGGUUGAUGCUUUCUAUGAAAGAAGACUGCAUAGAAUGGAAGCUAGAAUGAUGAAGGCUUUCAAUGAAACAGAAAAGAAGCCAAGAAAGCCCAAAGAAGAUAAUCAAAAUUAA